AUGGUUACAAUUACAUCCACCUGUCAAGGAUUGGGUUCCGUUACAAGCACCCCUGCCUUGACUACAACGUUCACUGCUCCAGCGUGGUGUUCCACAAGGUUCUUCGCAAAAGACCUUCCUCCGCCCUACGACUAUGGAUGGCAUGACUUUCAAGACCCUCGAUGGUAUUCGUGUGUGCCGCCUGAAUGGAAUGCCACAGCAUGCCAGAGUCUAGUUUUCAGUCCAGGCAUUUGCCCGGACGGUUGGUAUGCACAGGCAAAUGAUGGACAAGGAGCAACGACGUGCUGCAUGUCAGGCUUCACUUAUGGGUCUUUCGACGGAAAAUGCAUGAAAGCAGAUGUCACUAAUUAUGAGUUGGCCGUACUUGCGACCGCCAGCGACGGUCGCUACCAAUCCCCGACGGCAUCGGAUAAUGGCACAGCAAUAAUGACCUCUGGAACACUUGACCAUGUUUUUAUCGUGGUACACACUGCAACGGCAUUGCCCACAAGCUCAGCGGUACCCACUGCAACGACAUUGCCCACAAGCUCAGGGGCACCCGCUCCAACGACAUUGCCCACAAGCUCAGGAUUAGGUGGAGGAGCUAUUGCUGGCAUUGUAGUCGGUAUCGUUGCCUUCAUCGUGCUUGCCGCAAGUCUGGCGUACUGGACCUGGAUGCGUUCUCACCGCCGGGACGAUUCAAAUGAGACAUACAUGACGUUGGAUCAUGUUCGCUCGGAAAAUCAUGGCCGCUCAGAACUUCAUGCGGAUGAUUUACCUCCUACGGCGGGAAAGGCGGAGCUCUCUGGUGAAGGCAUUUCAGAACUCGGGAGUGCCGAGCCCCGAUCGGACCAUUCUACAGGUCAUCAACCACCUGCGGAAUUAGCUGCAUGA